AUGGUGAUUAAAAAGGUUGGCCAAUGUGAAAAUGAAACAAACUUAAAUUUUAUGUUUAAUUAUGUCAAAACGGCAACUUAUAACAAUGAUCAAUUUAUUGCGAAUUAUAGUUACACAAUACAUAAUACUUUUGGUAAAAAUCAGGAUGUAAAAUUAGUUGUAUCAGCUCGUCAAUGUCCGGAAAUGGAGAAUCCUGAUUCCUGCUCAUAUUUGUUGAAAGAUGCUGAAUUUAAAGAUGUUUGUGAUGCUCUUGGAAUGGAUAAUCAAAUAUGGACUGAAUUUGCAAAAAGUGCAGACAUAUUGAAAUGUCCUUUGAAGCCUAGGACACUUACUAGAGAGAAUUUUGUAUUUAGUAAUGAUAUUUUGGAUUUGGUACCAGAAUUAACUCCUUCAUUAUGGUUAAUUGAUUUUAAGAUUCUUGACGAUAAUGUGUUAAGUGCAUGUGCUGUUUUAGAAAUUGUUGUGUCGACUAUAUAA